AUGGCUACAAUCAAACCGAUAAACAGCCAUACAGUUCACCAAAUUCAGUCUGGACAGGUAAUCGUAGACAUUUGUUCCGUCGUAAAAGAGCUUGUUGAGAACAGUAUUGAUGCGGAAGCCACAAGUAUUGAAGUAAGGUUCAAAAACCAGGGACUUAGUUUAAUUGAAGUUCAAGAUAAUGGCGAAGGCAUAUCACCACAUAAUUUUGAGGUACUGGCAUUGAAGCAUCAUACGUCCAAACUUUCAGCUUAUUCUGAUCUUACGACCUUAAACACAUAUGGUUUUCGAGGCGAAGCUUUAUCUUCGUUGUGCGCAUCUUCGAAUUGCACUGUUACGACAUGUUUGGCUGAAGACGUCCCAAAAGCAACCAGGCUUGAGUUCAAGACAUCAGGAAUACUUGACAGCAAAAAAAUAGUUGCUGCUCAGAAAGGAACAACUGUUUCUAUUGAAAACCUUUUCAAAAACUUACCUGUUAGACGUCGGGAACUGGAGCGAAACAUCAAGCGCGAGUGGUCACGAGUUUCGAAUGUCUUAGGACAAUAUGCGUGCAUCCAGACUGGUAUCAAGUUUUCAGUAUCUCAGCAGAACGGAAAUGGAAAAAAGACCAUUUUAUUCUCCACUAAGGGUAAUCAAUCGACGAAGGACAAUAUUGCCAACGUAUUUGGAGCGAAGAUGUUGACAGCUCUCGUCCCUAUAGAUCUAAAAUUAACACUUGAUAAUUAUCAAAACCGAAAUCAUCACCACAGUCCCGGAACUAAAGAAAUAAGAAUCUUCGGACACGUAUCGCGGUCUACGGGUGGAGAAUCUCGUCAGGCACCUGAUAGACAAAUGUUCUUCGUAAAUACAAGACCGUGCAACCUCCCACAGGUAGCUAAAGUUUUCAAUGAGGUCUAUAGAGCUUAUAAUGGCUCUCAUUCUCCUUUCUUAUUUGCAAAUAUUGAACUUGAUACACGUCUGUAUGAUGUAAAUGUCAGUCCUGAUAAAAGAACAAUUUUACUCCAUGAUCAGAACAAAAUAUUGGAAGCACUGAAAUGCUCACUCUCUUCAUUCUUUGACUCACACGGUAAUACCCUUCCAUUAGCCCAGAUUAUUUCCAAUCAAAACCAGACGUCGUACAAGCAAACAAAAAUAAAUGCUAGAAGUGCUGUGAGUUCUCCGUUAAAAUCAGAAGAAUUUCCUCACAGCCAAUCUGCGUCGGAAUCUUCAGACUCAGAAGAACUCACUAGUACUGGAAGACAACAUAUGCAAGUCUUUGGUAACGGAACUGAAAAAAGGUCUAGUCCUUCACUGAAAUCUUCAAAUAUUUUAAGCUUCCUUGCAGAAGAAGACAACGAAAAUGAUUCACCCAAAUUUCAAGGGCGAAAAGGCACCCAGUUGCCCACAGGCGAUCUCGAAAUCAACCUGAUAGAAGAUAAUUUAUCGUUAAUAACAAAUAAAAAAUCUGAAGUGGGCGUCGAUACUAAAAAGAAUGAUCAUGCUAAAAGCGAAACUAAAUAUGCUUCCGAUGUCAUGGACAAGACAAAAUGUUUAGAGACUUACGGCCCGCCGAGAACCCCUCCUAUACUCUCGCCUGUAAAACUUUACAAGCAAGGAAGUUGCGGCAAAUCUUUCGAGCUCCAUGAGCACUCUGUCAACCAAGCGAGUAGAACUUGUCUCAACCCUAGAUCCCAUAUAAAGCCGUACUCUUCAGCCUCUAGAGGAAAUAAUCUUAUUUUAAACGAAUCCACAAUCUCUCCAGAGAGCCUGUCCUAUGCUGGUGAUGAUUCAUAUUCAAAGAGUCUUUUUGGAACUCAAUCACCCACCAAUAAAGAUAGCCAGGAUACUCAAAAUAUGACCAAAAAAAUGAGUUUUCUUCGAGAUACUUCUCAGACACCGUCAAAACACAAGAGUAGUCUAAGCCAGAUUUGUUCUGCCCAGGCUACUAAAAGAUGUAAAAUUUCUCAUACCCAAAUCUUCGAGUCCGAAAAUCCCGAUGCGAUCGAAACACCAGUAUCUUCACAAGCUUCGUCGGAAUUUCCCAAAUUGUAUGAGGAAACAGUAACUAGCUCAAUGGAUACCGUGUAUAAUUCACAGCCAAGUAAUAUAUCUGUCGAACAUUUGGAUCCCUACCAGCCUAUGACCCCUUUACUAGAUCAUAGCGAUACCGAAAUUAAUGAAGACGAAGGUACAGUCCUUGAGAGAAAAAUGUUCCACAACAUCAGCAAGUUUGAUGAGAAUUCCAAAAAAUCGGUCUCUAAAUCAUACUCCAGCAAUUCUGAGAUACCGCUAAGUCUAUCAAAAAAAACCUCAACAAGGGCCUUGUCACAAACUAUCAGCACAAACAUCUCCAAAAUAAAGGAAAAAAUGGAGCUUCUAGAGCAACGUUUCUCGUUAUCGGUAAAGAAGGUUGAUGUCAGAGCACGUGAUGAAGAAAACUUCCUAAACCCGGAGGAAAAGCUUACUCUAACUAUAGCUAAAUCUGAUUUUUCCAAGAUGAAAAUCAUUGGUCAAUUCAAUCUAGGCUUUAUACUCGUGACACGAUUUUCAAACUUUGAUCAUGAUUGUGAUAAUCCGUGCGAUGACGACAUUUUCAUCAUUGAUCAACAUGCCUCGGAUGAGAAGUAUAACUUUGAACGUCUCCAAGCAUCAACAAUUGUUCAGUCUCAAAAACUAGUAAUUCCGAAGACAUUGGAUCUCACUGCCCUCGAGGAAGAGAUUGUAGCGGAAAAUUCAUCAGCUUUGCAAAAUAAUGGUUUCAUUGUGACGUUCGAUACUUCUGGUAAUCUUCCCACGGGUAAGCGAUGUAAGCUCACCAGUCUACCACUAAGUUAUGAAACUGCCUUCUCGGUGGCUGACCUUGAAGAACUCUUAAGUCUUCUCGCUGAUAAUCCGCCUGGAUUCACUCCGAGACCAUCCAAAGUCCAGAAAAUGCUGGCCAUGAGAGCAUGUCGUAGCAGUAUCAUGAUCGGGAAGACUUUAACGCUCAAGCAGAUGGAGAAAAUAGUGUUGCAUCUUGGGGAGCUAGACAAGCCAUGGAACUGCCCACACGGACGGCCAACAAUGCGACACUUAUUUAGCUUGAGCACGUGGGACAGUCGUCGACGCGUCGGGAAUAAAUCUGACGUCGAAUCAUCUAUUAUUAAGACAGAGGAAAUGAUUGCGAUAGAUUGGGCCGAGUAUCUUCAUCGAAAUUGCGUCGAGAACAGCUGA